GUGACCGGACUCCUCAACCUCUAGCCUCAGGCUUUUCCCGCCCAUUUCUCUGAGAACCAAUCAUUGAGCUUGGCUUCGCACUCGGACCAACCAGCGAUCUCCGCUACGGCCCCCUCCCCCACGUCCCGGAAAGCAGCCAGACGCCAUGUUUCAAGGGCAGAGGGGUUGGUUCUGCCGCAGCGUCCGCGGAGAACUAAGGCAGUUCUGGGUGGCCGAAGGGGGCUCCAUCAGUGACCCAAGCGCCGCCGACUUCUUGUUCAGCAGUGAUGCCUCCCACCCAGACACUCUGAGAAUAUAUCAGAGCCUUGAUUACAUAGAGGAUAAUGCUACAGUUUUUCACGCCUACUAUCUCUCUGCAGUAGCUAAUGCUGAAAUAAAAAACUCGGUGGCUUUAGGUCAUUUCAUUCUUCCUCCUGCAUGCCUGCAAAAAGAUAUAAGAAGAAAACUUGGUAAUUUUAUUUGGGAACAAGAUGAACAUUUUCUGAUAGAGAAGCAUGAUGAAGUAACACCAAAGGAAAUAAAGACCCUUAGGGAAGGCAGUGACCUAGCAACAGAUCACAAAAAAGAACUAUCCAAAAGCACAGAAGAGCAUUUUAUAAGGACUCCAAUUACGGAAAAGCAGAUGUACCUCCCUCUUCAGAAUUAUCCAGUGAACAACAUGGUAACAGGCUAUAUAUCAAUUGAUACCAUGAAGAAAUUCCUUGGGGAGCUACAUGACUUUAUUCCUGGAAGCUCAGGAUAUUUGGCAUAUCAUGUUCAAAGUGAAAUUAACAUGUCAGCUAUAAAAAGCAAAUUGAAGAGAAAACAUUAAGCUAAAUUAUACUUAUAUCUAGUUAUUUAUUUUUUAUAAGAUAUUACCAAAGAUGUACAUAAUUUUACACUCUCCCCUUUGGGACAAGGGGAUUAGAGAAAUGGGUAAGAAUUUUCUCUUUCCUUCUCAAAAUAUGUCUUUAAGAAAAUUCAGAAUCAUUUUGGCUUUGUGUUUUGACAUUUGGGCUGAGUUUUCCCCCCAAUUUGUAAUAUUAUGUUCACAAAUCCUGCAUACACAGUUGUUAUAGAGUAAAUGUCAUAGAAACACUUUA